GUUUCGUCUGCUUGUUGCUUUCUUGUCGCUCUCUUCUUGCUUCGCUAUCCACUUUCAGUUUCACGAAUUUGAAAUGGCCGCCCAAUUGCCUAAUGUCCAAUUCGCCUUCCUUGCAACCCCCCCUGCAUUGAAAAAGCGUGCCCAGCCCCUUCCUUCUCCUCCUCUUGCCCCUCUUCCUGCCCGUCCAACCACCACCCACGUCCACCGCCGCCGCUCGAGCACAUUUAACGCUAUCUCUAAUUGGGCAGCUACCGUCCAACCCGGCUCUCCUGCACCUUGUUCACCCAAGCGGCGUCCGUCUGUGUCCAGCACCCGCAGACCCUCCAUCACCCGUCUCACCCGUCGCCCAUCCAUAGGCCACGGCCGUGCCCCCUCCGGCUCCUUCAUCAACCUCAUCGACACGCCCAGCCCAGCAUCCACCAAAGCCUUCGAUCUCACCCAACUAGGCUACACAUCCGUCUUCGUCCAUCUCCCCAAAACACCCACCACACCCUCCCCCUACCUCCUCCCUCGCGCUCCUCCAGUUCCAUCUGCACAAAAAUCCACUAACGUCCCACUGACAGCCGUCGAGAAUCCCUACACACACAUCCCCAUCCCACCCAUCCCAGCCGAAAAGCCAAAACCAAUGAAACGCUUCCGCUCCCUCUCCAUCCUCCGCCCCCGCUCCAAAUCCACCUCUGCCCCUUCUUCCCCAACAAAAUCCGUUAAAUCCACCACAUCCACCGCAAAAGCCACCAAAGCCCAGAUCUGCUGCGCAACCUCCUCCACGACGAAGCGCAAAAAGGCAGCAUACGCCGUCCGCCGCCCCCCACCCCUCGCCAACGAGCUCGCGAUCAUGCAGUUCUCGGAAGGAGGAAGCACGGAGACUAAUAUCCGGCGCAUGAUGGAGGCGCAGGCGAGGGCUACGGGGGCUAGCGGGGUAUCGGAUGUUUAUAGGGAUGGGAAGGGCGGGUUUUGGUGGGAUCAGGAUGAGGAGUUGGAAUAUGCGCCUCUUUUGGGAGGUGCGGGUGUGGAUUGUGAGGAUGCGGAUGAGGAGAUGCAGUGGGUUAGUUUUGCGGAUGUUAGUCAUGUGAGCGAUAAGGAAAAUUCCUCCCCGGACGUCCUGGCCAUUGCUGGCUUGGCAGAUGUGGUUCGACGCGAUAGCGUGUCCUCGCAAGACUCGGACCUCGACCCAGUCUACAUGAUGCACACGGACCAAGUCGAGGAGAUCACCAACGACGUACGCAAAUUCGGGGGAGGGAGCGUCCCUGGUUUGAGUGUCCUCUCACUACCUUCCCGACCCCGCCGUGCCGCGAAACAUCUUAGGAAACCAGAGUUUAUGGUUGACAUGGCGGCGUUUGGACCUAGGUCGCCUGUCAAGGGGAAGUUCUCUGCUCUAUCGCCUGCGGCGGUGAAGCCAAAGGGGAAAGCGAGGAGACGGCCUGCGCCGUUGAAGCUUGCGCCUUUGUAUACGCUGCAGCAUCCUAAGAGGCCUACUAAUUCGCCUCAACAGGCGAACGCGAGGAAGGAGUUUAUGGAUGAUUCGUUUGCGCCUGCGCCGUUGCCUGUAGCUCCCCCUGCUACCCCCCUCAUCCCCGAUACGCCGCUUUUACAGACGCGGAAUAUGGGAGCGAUGAAGUCUGUCGAUUCGCUCGCCCUCCGCGGUGGGAAGAAGCCUGGUAAUAGGCUUAUGAAGG